AUGGCAGCCUUACCAGCUGAGAGAACUACGUUCUCCUUACCGUUUACCUUUACUGGUGUAGACUUUGCUGGUCCGUUUCAGAUAAAAGCCGGCCAUUUGAGAAAUUCUCCAUACAUGAAAGGCUACGCCUGUAUAUUUGUAUGUUUUGCUACUCGGGCUAUACACCUAGAACCAUGUUCUAAUCUUUCAUCUGAGGCUUUUCUGGCCACAUUUGAUAGGUUCGUCGGAAGACGAGGGUUACCGAAACGUUUGAUGUCUGACAACGGUACCAACUUCGUAGGCGCAAGUAAAGCAUUGCUUGCUGAAUAUGCGAUGUUCUUAGAGAAAGCUUCAAAGGACAUAUCUGAAAGAUAUGCUCUCCACGGCUUCGAGUGGAAAUUCAUUCCCCCUAGUGCACCGCAUAUGGGAGGCCUGUGGGAAGCUGGAGUUAAAAGCUUCAAGCUUCACUUUAGGAAGGUUGUAGGAAAUCAAAAAUUUAAUUUCGAAGAAUUCUCUACUCUUUUAGUUAGAAUUGAAGGCGUUCUUAACUCUCGUCCUUUAUCUCCGAUGACCGAGGACCCUGAGGAUUUAAACGUAUUAACUCCCGGACACUUUCUACGAGGUGCGCCUAUAAUGGUUCCACCGGAAAUGGCAGAGGAUGACUUAAAUAUUUCCCUUCUUAACCGAUGGGAGAAACUAAAGGCUCUUCACCAUCGAUUUGCGCAAAGAUGGAAAGCAGAUUAUUUACAAGAACUGCACAAACGCUACAAAUGGCGUUAUCCAAAGAAGGAAUUGAUUGUAGGAGAUUUCGUCAUAAUAAAGGAUGAACUACUUCCUCCUAGUGACUGGCGUUUGGGUCGCAUUGAGAAUAUUUAUCAUGGAUCUGAUAAACGAGUGAGAGUAGCUGAUAUUCGAACCCAAUAUGGUUUGGUUACUAGGCCUAUUAAACAUCACACUCUACUCCACAAGGAACGUCGUGUGGAGUCUGAUGUAGUUCCCCCAACUCAAAGGCGCUCUGUCCAAGAUCGGCUACAGAUCCAUAAUCGUGUAACUUCACCUCAACCACUGCAGAGGUUGCAACGCACUGCGCGUCGAGUAGCUGACGAUGAAGUCCACCAGCGCACCCGUGACAACAGUCGAGAGUCGGAGGCCCUUCAAGUUCUAACCUCACGGCAAAGGCGCUCACGAAGGAGGCCUAAUAUGUUGCAGCGACAAUUGGAACAGCAAGCCGUCGGACAGGCCACAACCCACCAGCUGCUUCGUCAAAUGGUCGCCACAAUGAACCGCCUAAGCGAAGCCAUUUUAGUUGCACCCGUGCAAGGGGGCCGGCAUGUCGAGGCCCAGGACGAGCCCAGCGAUGACGACUUACUUGACAUCGAUAUGGAGCCUCUCCUAUAA